AUGGAAGCUACACAAAUCAUGGAACGUACCCACAUCUCCCUCCCAAGACAACUGCAACAAGCAAUUACCAACCCUGACGUGCAAUUUAAGGUCGCAUUUUCCCAACUGGAAUCCGAACUGGAGCAGCGAUUCAAGAACACGGCCGACUUUGAAACCUUCCUGAACAUCCGAGACAUCAAAAAUGGGGAGACCUCCGUUAAAACAAUCGACCAACUUGUCCACCUUGAUCUCCAAAAGGUAUCCGACCUCUUCAAAAUCAGCCGAGAAGAAUUUUUCCUCUCAAGCUUCUUAAUCACGCUGCGUCGCUAUCUCGGCCAAAAUGAGGUUUCACUUUGCCUCAAAGUCGCAAAUAAUACAGCUUUCCUCCUCCCUGUGGUUACAACCUUCGACAUGAACAUGAACGUGUCCGAAUUUUUCGCCUUUUUGAAGACGGAGAUUGGAGCUACAAAAUCUGUCCCAUUUGAACUGCAAGUUUACGACGACUUGAACGGAAACGGGACACGAAUUUCCCUUUCAUGGCAGGAAUCUGUUUUGGAAGAGAAAGUUGCACAUUUUUUCCUCCUCAACUUCAUCAAUUGUUGCAAAAUCAUGGAAAAUCUUGAAGAACUCGGUUCUUUGAAAGAGUUGGACAUAAUAUCCCAACAGGAGAAGGACUUGAUUAAGUCGUUCACUUUUCGCGAGGCUAAAAACCCACAAGGUUAUACCCCGCUGAUGACGAUUUUUGCCAAGAACGUGGGGCUGAAUCCAAACAAAGUUGCGAUUUAUGAGACACACCAACACUUCACGUAUGCCCAACUGGACCAAGUUUCUACAAAUGUAGGAGCCAAUCUGAUUGCAAAAUUUGGACAAGAGAAUAUCUCCUCGUUGCCAAUUGUUCUCGUCAUGGAGAAAAAUUUUAGCUGCGUGGCAACAGUCUUGGGAAUUUGGAAGGUAGGCGGACAUUUCGUCCCGAUUGAUGGGUCCCUUCAAGAGAAAUUGCAUCAGUUGGGGGCGAAAGACAAGUAUCUCGGAAUCGUAACAAAUUUGAGAGUUGAGCAGUUAAAGGAAGAAGCGAAUCAGUGGGAAAUUGUGAAAUACGAAGAUUUGAUGAUGAGUCGGAAUGAAGUUAAAUUAGGGGAGAAUUUGGCAGGGGAGUUAACACCAGCGUACAUGGCGAUGACUUCGGGGUCUACGGGACCACCGAAAAAAUGGAUUUGCAGUCAUGGUGGACUUUUCCGCUUAAUCCUCGCCGCACGAGAAGAAUUCGACCUGACCGAGGAAACCAUCCUCCUUCAAUGGGUCCCUUUUUCCUUUGACGUUUUCAUCCUCGACCUGACCAAAGCACUUUUCUGCUCGAAUGGAUCUCUCGCCAUGGUAUCGUCAUCCGAACGUUUGAAUCUGGACAUAAAUUUCAGCCUAAUUUCCUCCCACGGGGUCAACUAUGUCGAAAUGACACCUGAAUUCGCACUAUUCGCCCUGCAGGAAAAACCUGGUCUUAUGUCAAGUGUGACUACACUUUCGCUCGGUGGGGACACGCUAUCAUGGAAAACUUUAUCCGCAAUUCAAAAACUGUUACCGGUUUCUACCAAAAUCUACAACUGCUACGGAAUUACGGAAGCAACCAUAGAAUCGGCUGCAUAUGAGGUCGGUGUCGGAAAAAUGAAAAAUAGUUCUCGCCACGUCCCAAUUGGUCGUCCCUUGAGAGGAAUUGGACCCGUGAGCAUCGUGGACUCCGUCACGCUUCUACCAGUACCGGUUGGAUGUGUGGGGAGGUUAGCUAUUUCUGGGGACACGGUAGCCCAAAAAGGGGGCCAGGACGAAGAAGAGGGGGCAAGCAUGCUCAUGCUGAGUGAAGGAACAAGAACAAUAUUGACGGGAGACAGCGUCGCAUGGAUGGCCGAUGGAAAUAUCGACUUCAGACGGAGGGACGAGUCACAAAUUAAAGUGGGGGGAUUACGCAUCAAUCCAGGCGAACUUGAGAGGGGGAUUUUGCAAGUGGCAGAAAAUGUGGAGGCCGUGAUCCCUCUGACAAUUGAGGCGGCAAAUCGUGGAGGCGACAUCCUAGCAGCAGCGGUGCAAAUUUCUAACAAAGUGUCAGGAAUUGAGACCUUAUUGCAAGAAAGGUUGCGAAAUAUUCUGCCCUACUACAUGGUUCCACAGGUAAUCCUUGCCAUGCCAAACUUCCCACUAACUCCGAAUGGCAAGGUGGACAAGAAAUUGGUGAAGAGCAUGAUCAAAGCAGAAUACCAGGGAAGAAUGGGGGGCAAAGUGGAGAUAAGGAAAAGAAGUCAGGAAACAAUGGAAGAAUUUUUAGUAAAAAGCCUGGCCCAAGUGACUGGACGUGCCCUUGCAUCAAUCAGUACCACCCUUAACCUUCGCGACCAAGGGUUCACAUCUUUAGAGCUGAUAAAAUUUUCGAAUAUUUUGCUGACCGGGAAAGUCGAAAAUUUUACUGGGAUUGCCGAUCUUUUCACUUCCCCAACACUUUCUCUCCUAGCAGAAAAACUGAAUACUAAUAAAGUUUCGAAAGAGGCUGCCAUGACAAAAAGUAAGCCAUCCCAGCACGAAGAUGAUGACGAAGACGACCACAUUUGCAUCGUAGGAGUAGCUUUCCGCCUGCCUAGCGAUAUUUCCACAAUUCCCGCUUUUUGGACUUCCGUCUCUGCCGGGGAAUCACAUGUUGGUCCCUUUCCUCCUUCUCGAUCCGACCAAGUCCUCACCCGAAUGACCACACCUUUCACAUCGCCCGCCGUCUCGGCCUCCUUCUUCCCUUCGGUCGACUCUUUCGACCACGAAUUCUUCAAGAUCGCGCAAAACGAAGCGAAACACAUGUGCCCCGAGCAACGCAUGUUUCUGGAAGUUGGGACGGAAGCCUUGCUCGAUUCUGGGUACGAUCUCGGCGCCAUUGACAACGCGUCCAUCGCCGUGUACGCGACCGCAUCGGACAUCGAGUAUGGCGUCAUUGACCAGGCGCUGGAUGGCGUGGCUGUAGUCGGGCGGCAAAGCUCCGUCGUCCCAUCGCGACUCUCGUACACGUAUAAUCUGAAAGGCGGAAAUUACGUGGUCGACACGGCAUGCUCGGCCGCCUUGGCGGUAGUCGAACAAGCCGUCAAAGAUCUAAAGAACCAUCGCUGCGAUGCUGCCGUCGUAGGUGGCGCCAACAUCUACCUCUACCCGGCGAAGGAUGGUCUCAUGGGGACGAAUCUCAUCCACUCACCGACAUCGGAAUGCCGCGCAUUUGACGAUACCUCAGACGGAACAGUGUCCGGAGAGGGCGUGUUCGCCUACGUGCUGAAGCGGGAAAGUGACGCUAAACGGGCGGGAGAUCAAAUUUAUUGUAAGAUCCUGGCAUGUUGCUCCAAUUCGGUGGGGCGAGGUAAUGGGAUCACUGCACCAACGGUGGAUAGUCAAGUUGAAGUUAUUCAAGAUACCAUGACCGCGGCGGGAGUGACGAUUGAUGACGUCGACUUAUUAGAAACGCAUGGAACGGGGACCAUUUUAGGCGACCAGAUUGAGCUGUGCGCCUUAACUACGGUAUUUUCCGGGAGAAAAGAGCCUUUAGUGAUUGGCGUGGUCAAACCUAAUUUUGGACAUCUCGACAUGGUGGCAGGAUUUCUGGGGAUUCUGAAGGCCAUGUGUUCCCUGGAGUUUAACGAGUCUCCAAAAUUUCGAUAUUUAAAGAAACCCAGCAAAUACUUGGACCAGACAAGAUUUAACAUGGGGUCUAAACAGGUUAAUAAAAAUGAGAGGAAAUUUGAAUCCAUUGCGGGAGUUAGUGCGUACGGAUUGUCGGGGACUAAUUGUCACGCCAUCAUCAGUUUGGAGGCAAGGCAUAGAGAAAUCGAGCAAAAUAGUCGCGACAAAUUUCACUUCCUCCUCCCACUCGACCCAAAUAACCGCGUCGGAUUUGAAGAACAAUGCCACGUAUUUUCAAAAUAUAUCAAAUUUUAUGUCCAAACCGGAAAACAAGUCUCGCUUGGUGACGUGUGCGCGACGCAAAUUCUGAAUCUGACCAGGACAGGGAAAGAGGGCGAGAAGAAGGUGGAAAUUGCCGUGAUUGCUGCAAACUCGGGGGAUGAAAUCGUCAAGAAAUUGGAUGCACUUCACUCUGGAGUAGUUGUAAUUGGUGCCGCGGAGAAGAAGAUGCUCGAUAAGGGGGAGAUGCUACAAUUUCUGCCGGAAACUUACAAAAGGGCCCCAGCAUUUCCAAAAUUUAUCUUUAAGAAUUAUAAACAUUGGCUUAAUCCGGUCAAGCAGGAGGAGAAAAUCAGGGAACCAGCAUCAUUCAAAGACAUGGUACAUUUUUUGCAAGAUAAAACCAACGAAUUCCACGCUUUGACCGAGAUGGCACACAAAUUGGAGGACAUGAUGCAAAAAUUGGCGAUAUCAGUCAUGUCAGAUUUUGCAUCGGGUGGUGGACGAAAAAAUGGAACCCGAGUGGAAUGCUUACCAAUGCCGGAAAUUAAGGUUCAGAAAAUUUCCAAAGAGGAAAAUAAUUUCUCCGCAGAAAAAGCAGAGGAUACAUUUUCCAUGGAGGACAUCACAUUUGCCAAAACAUUGCGAAUUAUCUGCAAAAUCUGGGAAGACUGCCUUGGCACGGAUGAAAUUGAAGAAUCCUCAAUUUUCCGCGAUCUCGGAGGAGAUUCCCUUCUCACGGUUCAAAUGACCAAGCUGGUCUCCGAGGCUUUCUCCGUCAAAGUGAAAGCAGCGGAGGCAUUCGCAUCUCCAACAUUGGAAAAUUUCACGGCUCAUGUCUUCAACUUGAUAUCCUCUUUAUGUUCAACUCCGCUUGAAGAUUCUCGCUACCUCGGAAUGCCCCAGAAGAUGAUUCUCUUCCCAGGUCAAGGAUCCCAAAAGGUUGGGAUGUGUUCUUCCCUCAAUAGUCCAGCCGCUAUGGAUAUAUUCUCCAAAGCGGAAGCAAUCACUGGGAUCGACAUCCUUACCCGAUGUGGUCAACCGGAUUCCUUCAAUAGCACUGAAUUCGUCCAAAUCGCCCUCUUUGUCGGAUCCAUGGCUCAAAUUGCACACCUCAAGGCGGAAUCGCCCCAUAUCUUGGAUGGCAUCCGAGUCGUAGGAGGUCUUUCUGUCGGAGAAUUUGCCGCCCUAGUUUUUGCGGACGCAAUCGACUUUAAAGAUGCCCUCGAGAUCGUGCAGCUUCGAGGAAGAGCGAUGGAAGCGCAAGUAUCAGUUGAGAAAACCGGGAUGGUCUCGGUCUUUGGCGUGACAAGAGACAAAUUCGAACCCUGGCUAAAGAAUAACUUUCCCGCCGUGAAAUUCUCCACUUUUUUGGGCGACGCACAAUUCGCGGUUGGAGGAAGGAUUGAAGAUUGUAAAGCGCUGGUAGAUUUAUUGAUGAGCGAACCCCUCAAGGAACAGCUGGGCGUGAUUGAUGCUCGCCUUUUGCGGGUGGCGGGGGCCUUUCAUACUCAUUUUAUGAACAGCGCGGCAGAAACUACCGCACGAUUGAUAGACGACUUGACCAUCCGGUAUCCGAAGGUGGGCAUCGUGAUGAAUGCCGAUGGUCAAGUUGCCAUCAACAAGGAAGAUAUUCGAUUCAAUUUGAAGAGACAGACGGCGAAUGAAGUGAUGUGGAAGGAUUCAAUGAUAACGGCGUAUGAAAUGGGAGUGAGGAAGUUUGUCGAGGUGUCGCCAUCGUCCGUACUUACACCAAUUUUGAAGGGGAGGAUUAAAGGGAUUGGGAAAAGUGAGACGAGUUUAAUUAGAUUCUAAACAUUAGUUAAUUUUAAGUUAUAUAUAUGUAUUUAUGCAUAUGCACUUUAAUAUUUGUAAAUAAAUAUGAGUGAGUCACAUUAUAUAUACAUUAG